AUGGCGGCGGAGGCGGCGCAGGAGCCCAACCAGGAGUUCCUCGAUGCCUGCAUGCCGUCGCCGUCAUCGGCCAGGGAGGCGGCCCGCCGCCGCGUGCCGCCGCUCAGCGACGACGACAUCGGGUGGUUCCACUGCGAGGCCUGCGACGAGCCGAGGCUGCUGUACGACCGCCGCCGCGUGUCCGGCGGGUGCGCGCACGAGCUCUGCGUCGCCUGCGUCGUCGGCCACGUCGAGGCCCGCGUCGCGGCGGGGGAGGUGCCCGUGCGCUGCCCUUUCCAAUUCCCGGCCGGCUCCUCCCACUGCGACGCCGUCGUGCACCCGGAGGACUGCAAGGACCUGCUCUACAUAGGCGACUUCGACGCGUGGUGCGUCGCGCUCUGCGAGCUCGCCGUCGGCGGCCCGGGCGCCUUCGCGCGCUACCCCAACCCGGACUGCGGCGAGCGGCUCGACACCGGCGCCGGCGGCGAGCGCGCGGUGUCCGGGGCGACCUGCCUCCGCUGCUCCCGCGCGUUCUGCCUGCGGUGCGAGCAGCCGUGGGACGAACGCCACCGUGACGGCGAAGGCUGCGUGCCUCCCGGAAAUGGAGACGCUGCCGCGCCAUGA